AUGGAAGAACAUUCAAGAAUCCCAAUGGGCAAUGGGGAAAACAGUCAGAAUUCUCAGAAGAUCAGUUUACACUUUUCUGCAAAAUUAUCAAUCUUUCGCCACAACUGCAGCAAUCCUUGCCUUACAUUAUGCAGCAUUACUUCUGUUGUCAGAAUCUGCAAUUCCAUCAUCUGCUCUGCUUCAGGGGAUUCACAACCGGCUGCAAUCGCUCUUCGAUGCUGCCGGCUUUCCAAGGCCGUCUCGCGAACCCCUUUCGCCUUUUUCAAUUCUCUUUUCGGUCCCCUUUUCUACACUCAACUUUGCAACAUGAUACUAAUGAUCUCCGCAAAUGCAACCUGCUUCUGCAUCCUGUUCUUCGCGUUCAACUGCGCCGAUGGAUUAGGCCUUGUGAACCCGAAAACACUGCUGAUCUUUUCAGCCACAGGAGCUGUUCUUUACUCUAUAGUUCUUGCAAAUUCCCUCAUCAUUUUCAAUCUUUCAUUAAUAGUCUCAGGGAUGGAAAAUUCCAGCGAAUACAUUGGGAUUCUCAAGGCUUGCGUCGUGAUUCGAGGAAGAACAGCAGCAACAUUAUCCUUGGCUCUUCCUGUUAACCUUGCACUGGCAGCACUUGAGGCCUUAUUUCAAUACCGAAUUAUAAGAGCAAUUCAUGAGUCAGAAUCUCCCUUUUCAUCCAUUGUUUUUGAAGGGAUAUUCAUAGCAUAUUUAUACACAAUUCUCCUCGUCUUGGAUACUGUCAUCGGUUGCAUUUUCUAUAGAAGCUGCAAAUCAUCAACUACUUCUUCUAUAGAGUUUGAAGCAGAACAGAUAUAUCAGAUUGAGUUUGAAGGUAAAGAUUGCCAAUGUCAUUUCCAAAUGGAAAACAUUGGAAACUCUUCCUUAGUUAGUUUAUAUACAUCCCAGAUGGAAGAACAGGGUUACUUUUUUGCUGCAAAUUCAUCCAAUCAUAUGAAUUGA